CCAGCAAUCAAAGAGUUUGGCUGAUCCCGGUUUAAUGUAAAACUGGCAACAUGGCGGCUGCCUAUGCUCCUCCAAUAGUUGUUCCUAUGCAUUAUGUUCCGUCAUUCAAAGUUGAUGUCAGAUUACAUGAACCACUUGCAGGAGGGGAGGCAACUCCAAGGGACAUAGAAAUAGAGAUGAUGUCGCUUUGUUCUCAGUUGGAUGUGCUGUGCAAGAAGGAACUACGAGAUCAACAAAGAAAGAAAACAACGGAGCAUGGAAAAGUGAGUGGGGCAUUCCUGGACAAAGCAACGGUUGUCCAUGAUCGGAUGAAGCAACUGCUCCUAAAACAGAAACAGGACAUGAGCCUUGGGCAAUACAUUGUAUGGCGAGGAUUGGAUAGGGUAUUCCCGAGGGCUGCAACCUUCCUUUCUAAACCUGAUGGACUUAAUCUACUAGAUAAGAAAACAGGCUUGGAUGGUUACUACCAGGAGUUAGCCUGUAUCAACCAGCUCCUCUCACUCUCCAUGCAGAUUAACUCAGACUUACACAACCUUUCUGAUCAUAAGUACAUCGCCCAUCAGCUGGCCAUUCUGUAUCAAUCUGUGACAUCAUUAGAUGCGGCCUGUAUGGAGACCUAUAAAAAAAGCAUAGAGGAUAAUUUCAAAGUGGUGAAGACCACUCUGAAUGAGGGUGGAGAUGGGGCCAGGUUGCUGAGUAACGAGCACAAACAAUGGUUGAUAAAUCUAACAUGUAGUGUUGUGCAGACAUUAACAUCGUUCCCCACAGAACUCACUCAGGAAAUGGUCCAACCCUGCCUAGCUCUUCAGCAGACAUGAAUCAUUCCAAGUUUCAUUUCUCUGUAAAAUAUAAUCUAGUUACUAAAUUAAAUAUUUUUGAAAACCUUUAUGUACAUUAUCGAUAGUAUUCCUAGUAUAUAGUAAACUAGAACAGGAUUCUGUAAUUUAUUUUGAAGCUAAAUAUCAUGUCAAAGACUGCUGUUAUCAUCAGGUGAAUAUAAAUUCCUGUUAUUGUCACAUCAGGGAUUCCUGUUAAUUUCAUGUCAAGGAUUCUUGUUUUGGUAAUGUGAAAGAUAAUCAUAAUUAUUAUGUGUAUGAUUCCUGUUAUUGUCAUGUCAGAGAUUCCUGUUAUUGUCUGUGAAGAAUUCCUGUUUUUGUCAUGUGAAAUAUGACUGUUAUUGCUAUGGCUAGGAUUUGUGUUAUUGUCAUGUUAGGGAUUCCUGUUAUUAUCAUGUCAGGGACUCCUGUUAAUGUCAUGUUUAGAAUUUCUGUUAUUGUCAUGUCCAAGAGAGUGAUCAAUACUGUGGGAUAUCUCGCUGCCAUGAACUGAAAUCUCCUGGUCAGGGACAGAUAUAUAUAUAUAUUAUCUCACAACCAUGGAAUAAAAUCUAACAUAAUCUCACAACCAUGGAAUGAAAUCUUCUAAUCAUGGAGAGAUAAUAUCUUACAGCCAUUAAUAAAUAUCUCAUAACUAAGGGAAAAUAUUCCUUAACGAAGGAAGAAGAUCUCACAAGUGCGGCGGAAUAAAAUCUCAUAAUCAAGGACAAAUAUCUGUCAAUUAAGGACAGAUAUCUUAUAAUUUAGGACAAAUAUCUCACAAUCAAGGACAGAUAUCUUAUAAUUUAGGACAAAUAUCUCAUAAUUUAGGACAAAUAUCUCAUAAUUUAGGACAGAUAUCUUAUAAUUUAGGACAAAUAUCUCAUAAUUUAGGACAAAUAUCUCAUAAUUUAGGACAGAUAUCUUAUAAUUUAGGACAAAUAUCUCACAAUCAAGGACAGAUAUCUUAUAAUUUAGGACAAAUAUCUCAUAAUUUAGGACAAAUAUCUCAUAAUUUAGGACAAAUAUCUCAUAAUUUAGGACAGAUAUCUUAUAAUUUAGGACAAAUAUCUCAUAAUUUAGGACAAAUAUGUCAUAAUUUAGGACAAAUAUCUUAUAAUUUAGGACAAAUAUCUCAUAAUUUAGGACAAAUAUCUCAUAAUUUAGGACAGAUAUCUUAUAAUUUAGGACAAAUAUCUCACAAUCAAGGACAGAUAUCUUAUAAUUUAGGACAAAUAGCUCAUAAUUUAGGACAAAUAUCUCAUAAUUUAGGACAAAUAUGUCAUAAUUAAGAGCAAAUAUGUCACAACCAUUGAUGAAUCAAUGUCUCAUAAAUAAGUACAUCACCAUCACACCGCCAUUUGAGAUGAAAGUUAGUAAUAGGGUAAGUCGCUUAACAAAGACAAUCAACCAAGUCGUCACACAGGACAAAUUAAGAUUCUUGUAGUAAGACUAACAUUUAAAAAAUGUUUUGAUCUUAUUUGCAAAUAACAUCCAGUGUGUGUGUUUGUCAUGUGUUCAUAUCUCGAUCAGAUAUCUAGAAGUAUGAUUGUAAUUACAUAUAGCUAGUACAUUUCAGUUGUAUUGUUUUUUAUGAUGUAUAGAAGAAAGUGCUAGGUCACAUAUUUUAUUGAAUCUCAUGUUUUUUUUAAGGAGAACCACUUUAAUCCAACAAUUUUCACUGAAGCACUAAAAAUAUUAAUGUUUAUUUAGUGAAAUCCAGUUUAUGUCAAUUAUAGGCUCAUGUAAGAUAAUAUAUACAUGCAUGUUAAUUUUUUAUGGUGUCACAAUUGUUUUAUAAACAAAUUUGAGUGGAAUCUCUUAAAACUAGUACGUGUUUACCAUUUCAGUAGUGUUAAAGGCAUAUGAUCUACGAUAUUUACUCACAAAAACAUAAUUAUUUUUAAUUGAUAAGAUUAUAUAAUGUGUAAUGAAUCGGUAAGAUUAUAUAAUGUGUAAUGAAAAAAAACCAUAUGAAACUUUGUUUUACUUUGAAUAUUGAAUGAGAAAUGCAUUGUGUGUAUGUUGAAAAUUGUUAGGUAAUCAUUAUCGGUACAAUAAUAAUGAGUUUGCAGAAAACAAUUGUCAAUAUCGAGUACAAGUAAAACAGUGAAGACAAAACAAUAUACGAUAUUUGUCCAAUUUAUUCAUUCACCUCGAGAGUUGUUUCAAAGAAAACUGGUAACAUAUUUUUCAAAUGAAUAUCGUAGAUCCUGUGAAUUUACAAUAGUGUUAGCAUACUGACUUAAGUAUUAUACAAAUGAUACCAAAAUAAAGUGUUUUAGAUAACUUUAUAUAGAUUUUUAAAAUCUACUUUAUUUCUCACUUCAGAAGUGACAAAAUAUGAAUUCCAUUAAAUAAAACAAGUAUCAUGAUUCAGAAAUCCAGUAAUUAUUUCUCGUCUUCUGAUUUUGGUUGAAGAUUAAUUUCCAAAGAUAUGAAGCACAAUAAUGUUUGUGCAGAUUUGGCAUUUUGCGGACUUAGACAUGUGAACUGUACGAUGUGAUUGAGGAGCGAGUGGAAAAUGUUGUUAUUGUUAGUAUUACUAACACACAAACCUAUACUCUGUAAGAGAUGACUAUUCUAACACCCAUAAUAAUUAUCAUAUAGGUAAACCUGCUCAAAGCCCACAUGUUAUACAUUAUUCCCCUAUUUAAUAGAAUAAUUUUACUUCAUCUAGGAAAUGAAAUUGAUUAUGACCAAUGUAUAAGAUUAAUUGCAAAGUUACAUAUUAUAUAUUGAAGAUAAACGUUGAACCAGACAGUUUCUAUUUUAUUCAUUUAUUGCAAUUUCUACCACAAUAGGUUGGUGUUAUACAACUCCUAAGACACGAAAUAAUUAUAACUAGUGUUGUAUACAUACAGUCUAUAUCUUAUGUGGAAUAAACUGUCAAUACAUUUUAAUUGGUUGACACAGUAACCUUUGA